AUGUGGAAAUAUGCUGCUGGUUCUGUAGUCGUUGGAACCGCCUUGUAUGGUUUGAUUAAGUACUUUGCUGGAGGUGUCUGCCGUUGUUCUGCUAGACUAGAUGGUCAGGUUAUUGUGAUAACAGGUGCUAAUUCUGGAAUAGGCAAAGCUUUGGCUCUUGAGCUAGCUAAAAGAGGAGCUACACUAGUAUUGGCUUGCCGAGAUACAAACAAAGGUUUAGAUGCCAAGACAUACAUUCUUAGACAGCUGAAGAACGAAAAUAUCAAAGUUUUUGUGAAGCAUUUAGAUUUAUGUAGUAUAUCUAGUAUAAGAAAAUUUUCUGUGAAUUUAAUUCACGAAUUCAGUGAGAUAUAUGCCUUGGUAAAUAAUGCAGCUGUCUUUUACCACCCACAACAUCUGACAGAAGAUGAAUAUGAAGUAACAUUCCAGACAAACUAUUUAGGUCAUUUCAUUCUAACACAUCAUCUUCAAACAUUACUGAAAAAUUCUGUGCAUGGUAGAAUAGUCAAUGUUGCAUCUGAAGCACACAGAAUUGUCAAUGUGUAUGACUUGAAUGCAGUUACAAAGUGUCAAGUGGAAUUCAGAGAUCAUUUCAUUGCUUAUGGAGUAUCCAAACUUGCAUUAAUUUUGUUUACCAGGGAAUUGUCCAAGAGACUGAGAAAUACUAACAUCAUAGUAAAUGCAGUAAACCCUGGAAAUGUAGAGACCUCUAUCUUCAGAAACUUUCCUGCACUUUGCAACCCUUGGUUGUAUGCUUUGCAGUGGCCAAUACGUUUGAUUAUCAUCAAGAAUCCCCAACAAGGAGCUCAGACUCUCCUACAUGCUCUCCUAACAACCAACAGAUCUACAGGACAAUACUACAGUGACUGUAAACUAGCAUUGCCCAGCCCCAUAGCAGCUAAUGAUAAGAUAGCCUCAGAAUACUACCAGCUGACCUUGGAAAUCCUUGCUGACAAAUUCAACACAGAAUCAGAUUGCUAA